UACCAUUUUGCUUAAAUGCGACAUGAAAGUGUGGGAAUUACGCGUCAAUUUAUGCAAAUCCUAUGCACACAACAAACAAUACACACACACACACGAUCGAACCAGUUGCCAAUACCGCAGCCAUUGUUGAUAUUUUAAUUGUCUCUUGUUGACAACAACGAGCCGAAAACGAGAAAAAGAGCUCAAAUUAAUCUACUAAUCAGCGACGAGGCUGCGAACCAAAUACAAAUAACUGAAACUGAAAUCGGAAUCGGAAUCGGCAUCGGAAUUGGCCAAAAGAUGCAGAUGGUAACAGAGCACGAGUUGGCCAAGAUCAUUAGUCAACGGUGAGGGCGUUGGAUGCUGCGCCCCGGCGAUAGGCAGCACUUCUUCAUCCAUUCCGCCCAAAAAUUCAAAUUCAAGUCGAAAAUCAAAAUCAAAAUCCAAGUCCCACCCGAUGAUAAAUGGUCUGCAAAUCGGUGGGAUGUGAGAAGAGCAUAACGAAAAGGUAUGUCAAAACCGAAGCUAAUCGGGGCAGAGGGAACAUCAAACAUUAAUUAAUUGUUUUUAGAUUAAGUAAGGGGAUUUUUUGGAGUAAUCGAGUCUUCUAGUGAUUUCUCAAGGCUGUUCAAGGCCAUGAACUUGGUGGUGAAAAGAACGAAUAGGGGAAAAUCUAAGCAUUUAUAAUUAAGUGUAAAGAAAACUAUUAAAGUUUUAAUUUGAUUUUGGUAAAUAAAACUAAAAUAAAUAUUAACUAAAUUACACUUACAUAAUUUUAAAGAAGCUUACAGCUAUUAUCUUAACUGAAUACUAAAUUAAAUAAAUGUACAUUCAAAAAGCUUGUUUAGUUUUUGUACCAAAGCAUAAUGAAAAUAUGUUGAUUAUGAAAUGCUGAGACCCUGAGAGCACAUAACAAUUCGGCAGCUUCUUUCUGUUCCCGCAUUUUCACGCACAAUUAAUUUUUUGACCCAGCGCAAGUUCGUUGCCCAAGUCUUUUGUUUUGGCAGCUCUUAAUGGAGCGAUUUGUGGUCGGAAAAGUGUGUUAAAUAGCUAAUUUUCACAAAUUUUUUGGUCCAAUCAGGCUGUGCGAUCUAAGUAGAUCUCUUUUAAAAGUGAAGCUGAGAUGGAAAAACCGAAUCAGUUGUCUUCUGAAAUUCGCGAAAUGCUGAACAUAGUUGUGUGGUUUACCCUGUCGUUGAUAACUCUGUCCUGGGCUCAAGGAUCGCGUUCCUAUCUCCCCCCACCAGCACCAUCGAGUCCAGCCAUGGAGCCCAUCAUAACCAAACAGUUCUAUAGCAUCUCACCAGCCGAAGAUCCCGAGGAUUCAGAGCCCAAAACAAGACACUUGGUCAUCGGACAGCCGCGCAGAAAUUACCGAGUGAUUUUUAUUCGAGCGCCGGGAGCAAAUAGUCAGCCUGUGAAGUACACGGCGGAGUUGGCGCCCCAGGAAGAGCGAACUGUGAUCUAUGUUUUGACCCGCAAGCAACAGGAACUGGAGGCCACGGACAUUGUGGCGCCGCAGGAAAAACCGCAGGCCGAACAGAAGCCGGAUGUGUUCUUUAUCAAAUACAAAACGAACGACGAAGCGGCGGCUGCUCAAAAGGAAAUCCAAACGCAGUACGAUCAACUUGGCGGAAAUACGGAAAUUUCUGCACCCUAUGUGGCACCCAUUAAAUCGGUGGUUGGGGCUCUAAGUAGCCCUCAAUAUCUAGCAGCUACUUACCAAGUUCCAGCCCAAUCGACUGGAUAUCACUACGAUAGACCCAUCUCUACAGUUUUGGCGCCAGCGGAACGAUAUUUCUAAAGCUCCGAUUAUAUCCGCCACUGCUCGUUGAAUAUUCCAUGCUAUUUGCAUCUAAUUGAUAAGCCAUUUCCACAAACGUAUUUAUCACAAAUCUUGGCGAACGCGUAAAUAAAAAUGGUUUCUUUUACUAGGUUUUUUUGUUGUACAUAAUUUUUGCAAGUUUUUUUUUUUAUCUGAUUUGCGAUUUAUGUAUAAAGAUAUUGGCAAAAGUGCUUUGACCCUGUGACAAAAGAGAAGAAUUCAAAGAGGUUUUGCAAACGGCGUAUUGGUUGUCUAUACUAAAGCGAAAUUUCUAGAUUCAAUUUUUAGAACAAAAUUAAAAAUAUGUUCAAAAUAUUUCCAGAGUAAAUUGUUUUGU